AUGAUAUCCCAGAAUAGACCUGCUCUGCAUCUUCCUCUGCUACCAGCACUCUUGCUGUUGCUGUCAAUUUCCUCGCUGCUACCUGCAGUGGACGCCUUUCAAAUCCAAUGCCGACCAACACGAUCAGUGAGAACGCCAAGAACGCAACUUUGCAGUUCCAACGGACAGCCCGAAACAGCAUCCGCUCCCAGUCAACGCAAGAUUCUAUUAUCUCGCAAAGGUCCUCAUUUUGCCUUGGAUCGAUCUUCGGGACGAGUUGAAUUUGGAGCCACGGCGCAGUUGACCACGCAACUGGCAGCAUCGAACCACAAUAAUAUCAAUGACAAUAACGACGCAAUGUACAUUAAAGAAUGGAUCGCCGACGAACGAGCCCUGGCAAAUUCCAUUUGGGACGAAUCCUUGAUACAAGAAUUGCGCCCGUCGGUGUAUCAACUCCAAGUCAUGCCACUCCAAUUCGUCACUAUCCAAUUGGCGCCGUCGGUUGAUGUCAAAAUGCAGACGCGAUAUGCACAAAACGAUCCCGAUAAACCCGUCUUUUUGCUCCAAUCCGUAGGAUUCGAUCCCAAUAUUCAGCUGUUGCCAGGAUUGUCCGUCACGGCGGAAGAUUUGGGCAUCAACAUUCAAGUCAGUGGCGAAUUAAAACCCAUGGCCGACGGUGUUUCGGGACGCAUUGCCUUUCAAACCAGUGGCAUUCUUCCGGGACCUCUGCGGAUUCUGCCCCAAGCGGCAUUGCAAGCCGCGGCCAAUACGAUCAAUCAAGCCGUGGUCAAUUUUGCCAUUGACAGUUUUCAAAAAGGAGCCACCACCAAGUAUCGGGAGUUUGUACUCACCAAACAGCAACAGGCACAACAGUACUAAUCAUCAGCAAACCAAAGCAACAAAACGUUCACGGAAUCUGCUUGCAACAUGACCAUCGCUCUCGGCAUCUUAUGACUACUAAUAUAGAUCGAUUUUGGGCUAUCAUAGAGAGUGGCUAUGGAA